CAUGGGCGACGGGGCUGCGCGGCCCCGCUGAGCCCCGGACACCGCGGCAUCCCGGCAACUCCAGCACCCCGAACUCCGACAUCCCGGGAACUCGGUACUCCGGCAGCCCGGCAGCUCCCCUCCGCUGACCCCGGCAUCCCCGGAGCUCGGGACUCCUCUGCCCAGGGAACUCACAUCCACAGCAUCCCAGCUCCCCGGGAACUCCGGUCCGCUGAUCCCAGCUCUUCCAUCACUCGGUACUUCAGCAUCCCGGGAACCCGCUACUCCACUGCCCCGGCAACUCCGCUGCGCUGACCUCGGCUCCCCGGGAAUUCGCUCCACAGCCGCUGUGCCCACCGGCUCCCCGGCCCCCGGGCUCCCGGGCCCCCUGGAACUGAGGCCAUGGCGUUCAUGGUGAAGAGCAUGGUGGGGGGGCAGCUGAAGAACCUGACGGGAGGCCUCGGCGGCGAGGAGAAGAGUGAGGGUGAGAAGUCUCCGGCCGAGGCACAGGGCAUGACCCGUGAGGAGUACGAGGAAUAUCAACGGCAGCUGGUGGAGGAGAAGAUGGAGAGAGAUGCCCAGUUUGCCCAGCGCAAGGCAGAGAGAGCCACGGUCAGGUCCCACUUCCGAGACAAGUACAGGCUUCCCAAGAAUGAAACGGAUGACAACCAGAUCCAGCUUGUAGGAGGUGACGUGGAGCUGCCCAAGGAGCUGGCCAAGAUGAUCGAGCAGGACAACGAGGAGGAGGAAGAGAAGAACUCGGUUAUCGGCCAGCUCAGCAACAUCCAGAACCUGGACCUUGAUUCCUUGAAGGACAAAGCUUCAGCCACGCUAGAGGACCUGAAGCAAUCGGCGGAGAAAUGCGCCGUGAUGUGACGGGGCUGAGCCCCCCUCGCCGCCGGUGCGACAGUGGGGGAGCAGGGAGGGGAUGCAGCGAAGGGUCUGGCGGGGGCUGCUGCCAGCGGCGGGGACCCCACCAAUGUUGUCACCCUUGCCGUGUGUCACUCGGGUCCUCCUGAACCGUGUGACCCCUUGAGUCCCUGACCCAGGUGUUCCUGCUGUGUGGUGUUCGUUUUGUUCUCUGGUCUGAGGUUUAGGGCAAAGAGCCAGCAUGUCCCCCUGUACCCCAAUGCCUCCUCCCGUGCCCACGGCAGUGGGUGUCUCCGUAGCCAGAGCCGGGGCAGGAGCAAGGAAGGAAAAUGACCUUGGAGUGUUAUUGGCCCAUGUUGUCAGUGCGGGAAGGACCACGUGUGGUGGCCAUAUGCCGUGUCUCUGCCUCCACAUUUCCACCCAACCUCCUACAAAUGACUGGGAGGCUCCAAUUUUCGCUUCGCAAGGACGAGGCAUGGUGCGGAACACCCUCCUUCCCUGCAUCCCGUACCCAUCACAUGAGAAAUAAUAUCCCUUCCGUGCAAGGAACACCAACCCCUCCGCCCUUCAGGGCUCCUCUAAAGGAGCCAGCCAGGAAGGACCUGCUAUACAACCUGCUAUAUGAUCCCAUUUAUCCCUGUGGGAAGGGGGGUGUUGAGGACCAGAAGGCUGAAGCCUGAAUUAACACCAGAGAGGAAUAAAACUCCUCCCUGGUGCUCAGCUGAGCCCACACCAGCCCUUCCCCGGAGCAUUGGUGUACACCAUCCCUCUCCUGGGAUGGGAUCCACUUCUGUCCUUGUUCCUUCCAUGAGAAGAACAAAGUGAUAAGGAAAAAUCUCCUUGUCCUCCCCCCGCAUCGUGAUGUAGCUGUGCGCUGUGCUCAGUUGAGUGUCCCUCCACCUCCUGUGCUCUCCCCAAGCCAUGGUACUGUUAUAACCGGUGGAAUAAAUACCAGGAGAUGUCUAUGCA